CAAAAACAGGAUAACUCCAUUUUUCAUAAAAAUCGAAAUUUUUGUUAGCAUAGGUAUAUUAUAAUAUAAUAUUGGGGUUACCUAUCGUGUCUUGUUCAAUCUUUUUAAUGAUGUCCUUUAAAAUAGUCGUUUAAUUUAACAAUGGCCGGCGUUCCUGCUGAACCAGCCGUUGCCAGGAAAACUGGAAUAACUAAAGAUUUAGGAAGAGCAUUACCAAUGAUGGUCUACGUUUUUCAUUGCUCCGAACAAAUGAAUUUUAGAGUAAAUUAAUCAAUCUUGACCGAAUUAAUUGUAUAAAAUAUUAUGCAUCUUAAAAGAUUGCCUUGAGAUAUUAGAUUAUAAAAUUUAAAUUUUAGGGGGUGGAUGGAAAUCGUUGCGAAUAUGAAGUUAUAAUGCGAGCUCUUCGAAAGCUCACCACUCAAAAAAUUGUAACUGAAGAUACUACUUUAUUUAUGGGACUCGUCGGUGAUUUGUUUCUUGCGCUAGACGUGCCCCGAACACGUGAAUUAGAAUUUGAAAAUCAAAUUCGUCAAGCUAUGGUUGACUUGAAACUCCAGCAUAAGAAUAAUUUCAUUCUCAAGGUAGUGAAACAAUCACAAAUGUCUGUUGAUGGAUCCAAAUUGAUGAUACUGGACGGUGACAUAGAUCCUAUUAUGUGGAUUGAGUUAUUAAACACUGCAGUGAUAGACGAAAAUAAGGUGCUGACGUUGGAAAUUAAUGAACGUAUUGCCCUAACACAGACAAUGCGUCUACCGUUCGAUAUACCCAAUUUGAGGUCCAUCACGCCAGGCACUGUUUUCCAGGCUGGUGUACUUUACUUAAGCCAUACUGAUCAUGGAUGGAAUCCGUAUGUUACUAGCUGGAUUGGCACUAGUGAUAAUGCAACCGAAAAAGCUGCUCUUCUGGUACUGUUAAAUAAAUAUGUGCCCAUCUGUUUGGAAGUGCUUAAAACGAAAUUCAAAAUCGUAACACCCAUACCGGAAAUAAUGCACAAACAAAUGUUGUGUACGUUACUCGAUUGUCUUUCGCCUCCCAUCAAUUGUCCGCCGGAAACUGCUAGGGAUGUGUACGGAACAUAUUUUGUGUUCGCUUGUCUUUGGGCGUUUGGUUCAGCAAUAUUUCCAGAUCAGUUGAUUGAUUGGCGAGUUGAAUUUUCCAAAUGGUGGUUAUCAGGAUUUAAAACCAUUACAAUUUCAUCAUCAGGAAGUGUGUUAAAUUAUUUCAUCGACCCUGAACCAAAACAAUUUAUUCCUUGA